CCCGGGUGGGGAAGGGACGCGACCCCGUGCGCAUGCUCCAGUCAUCCCAGAGGGGGCGGGGCCGAGGCUACGGGAGCAGGAGGGGGGUAAAGAGAAGGGAAUUCCAACCUGUGGAAACUUGGGGGUCCCCCAGGUCGGCUUCUUCCCCUUGGCUGCGGAUGGUGCCAGGGACAGAGCCUCUGGCGGCUCGUGGGGGGUUUUGGGGUCCGCAGGGUGAGGGCGGAGGGGAGUGUCAGAGUGUGAGUGGGAUACGGGAGUUCCAAACUUAGAAUCUCGAGGCCCGCCGGGCUCCGGCGCCGGGGAGAGGGAGUUUGGGCCGCCAUGCGGGACAGGACCCACGAGCUGAGGCAGGGGGAUGACAGUUCGGACGAUGAGGAUAAGGAGCUAAUUGCGCUGGUGGUACAACCGGGCACUGCACGUCUGGGGAGCCCGGACGAUGAGUUCUUCCAGAAGGUUCGGACAAUUCGGCAGACUAUUGUCAAGCUGGAGAAUAAAAUCCGAGAGUUGGAGAAGCAGCAGGUCACCAUCCUGGCCACGCCCCUUCCCGAGGAGAGCAUGAAGCAGGACUUGCAGAACCUGCGCGACGAGAUCAAACAGCUGGGGCGGGACAUCCGCGCGCAGCUGAAGGCCAUAGAGCCCCAGAAGGAGGAAGCUGAUGAGAAUUAUAACUCGGUCAACACAAGAAUGAGAAAAACCCAGCAUGGGGUCCUGUCUCAGCAAUUCGUGGAGCUUAUCAACAAGUGCAACUCAAUGCAGUCCGAAUACCGGGAGAAGAAUGUGGAGCGGAUUCGGAGGCAGCUGAAGAUCACAAAUGCUGGAAUGGUGUCUGAUGAGGACCUGGAGCAGAUGCUGGACAGCGGGCAGAGCGAGGUGUUUGUGUCCAAUAUACUGAAGGACACGCAGGUGACUCGACAGGCCCUAAAUGAGAUCUCUGCUCGCCACAGUGAGAUCCAGCAGCUUGAGCGCAGUAUCCGUGAACUUCAUGAGAUUUUCACUUUUCUGGCUACGGAAGUGGAGAUGCAGGGGGAGAUGAUCAACCGAAUUGAGAAGAACAUCCUGAGCUCAGCAGACUAUGUGGAACGUGGGCAGGAACAUGUCAAGAUGGCCCUGGAGAACCAGAAGAAGGCGCGGAAGAAGAAAGUCUUUAUUGCCAUCUGUCUGUCCGUCACUCUCCUCAUUCUGGUGGUCAUCAUUAGCAUCUCCACGUUGGUUUGAUUGCGCCGCAUGUUCUCGGUCUCCGCUGCUGCUCCUGGCUGCCCAGCCCGUCUGGCCGCAGGACCGCUUGCUUCGGCCGCCAAGUAUGGGGUACUCACGUGGGUGCCGGGGCGACGCCAGCCGAGGCUGGGCUGGAUGUGGUCUUUGAUGCAGACUGGGACCCCGCCCCGGGACUCGGGUUGGGGGAGGGACCAGAGGGCGAGAUUGGGCCGCAGUGACGCGUGACCGGACCCGCUCCGCCUCCAUCCGCGGCUGGGCGCCCGCCUGCAGCGCCUCCCUGUGGCCCCGGAGUGGCGGCUGCACAGUGCCUGCGCCAGGUCCGAGGGUACCCUUGGCCCCCAGCGUACUGGGCGUGGCGGAGGGGCGGGGGAGUGGCCCAGUCGCCACUUGGAAAACGAUUGGCCAGCGGAUCUAAAUGUUGUUCCUGAAGAGCAUCAGGAUUGGUCCGUCGGGCGUUCUGAAAGCGUGAACACGGGGUAUUAAACGGCAAUUAGAGGAGGCUGGUGUGGGCGGGGCCUCAGGGCGAGUCCGCCGUCGCACCCAAAAGCAAUUGGAUCACAGACCGCAAGGGGCAUGAUCAAAACUCCAAAGGAGGCGGAAGGCGGCUGGCCAGUAAGAGACUGGAGGGCGGGCGUAGGAAGUCAGGACCUCGCGAGAAGCCGUGGCCUGGUCCAGCUCUCCAGGUGCACGAACUUGCGGCUGCGCGAGUCUGGGAGGGUACCCACGACUUCGUCCUGCCUGAGAUCCUGUGUCCUGGAGAAACUCUAGAAGCCUGCAGGAAGGAACCCCUUAUUUUCAGCAACUUGCAAACAAUCUGGAUGUCCACCCAAUGGGGCAACUGCGGGGCCGGAUGGAUCCGCCCCAGUGGAAGAUUGAUUUGGACGCGGGACCUUUGGGCUUCCCUAAUUCUCCAUUCUCCAUCUCUUCCCCGGCGGCCUGCUUCUUCAGCAGAAUCCUGUCUUGUUGGUCGCCUUUGUCGACUCCCUCACCUUUCUGCCUUCAGAAGCAAACUGCACGACCCGUGGCACCUACUGGGAUCUGAUAGAGACUGUCAAACCGACACGGAAAGUGCCACAUCCAUGCAGCUGGGUGUCCACGUGCAGCGUGUGCCUUGUGCUUGGCCGUGCUGGACAGCGCCACCCCUGAAAGUCUGCUUACCUGUCUCACUCAGGACUCCGUCCAGAACCUCCUAGAAGAGGUGGCUAGAUGACCAAGCGAGGGCUCAGAUGCAGGGCUCAGUAAUUUGAACUUUUCCUGUGGGCGUGGUGGGGACCCAUGGAAGGUUUUUCAACAGGUGAGUGACAAGUUUGGAGCAGACUUAGCAGACAAGUGGACCCGUGCGCUGGAGGUUUCACAGGCUCCCAUGUGUAUACCCCUUCCCUGUGGGAAACCGACCUGAGCGAGGGGCUAAGGGCAGGUUUUGCACUGUUGGCUGCUGUUAGCCCAGCUUUCUUGUGGCGUUUCCAAUUUUUAAAUUAUUUAUUUAUUUAUUUAUUUAUUUAUUUAUUUAUUUGGCUUUGCCGGGUCUUAGUUGCGGCAUGCGGGCUCUUAGUUGCGGCACGUGGGAUCUAGCUCCCUGACCAGGGAUUGAAUUGAACCUGGGCCCCCUGCAUUGGGAGUGUGGAGUCUUAACCACUGGACCACCAGGGAAGUCCUAUGCCCUUCUCUUUUUCCUCUGCCGUGAAUCUGGCAACUGCCAGAUCAAGACUUCUUAAGCCUGGAACUUAGAAUUAACAGGACAUGAAGCUGAACUGUAGCCUAUCUGUAAAAUGAUGUACAGUGUAAAUGAGAAACUUCUCUUGCUGUGAGCCUCUGACAUUUGGAGGUUGAUUGUUACCAAAUCAUAACUGUUACAGAACUAGUACCCAAAAGUGGGGUGUUGCUACCAUAGCAAAUAAACCUGAAUUGUGUGUCAUUGGCUUUGCAGCUGGAGUGGCUGGUAAGGAAACCACCACUGGAAGUUGGAAAGAUGGUGAUGUGUGUUACGCAGUGGUGAAGCAUUUGUUUAAACUGUAAGCUGGAAAUAGAACUCAGAGUAUAAAUAAUGUCCAACUGAAUUUAGAGCUUUAGGCAAAAAACUGGGGAAAGAGAAUAUUAGUAGCAUGCCUUGGUUCCUAUUGGGUGCAUUUGACAAGUUACUGUGAGAAAGAGAUGACUCAAAAUAAUUGGCCAGUUUUUAAGGAGAAAUGGAAGAGAAUGUAAAAACUCCAGGCAAAUGAUCCAAAUUUUUAACCAGUGAAAGAUACAACUGACAAGGCCCUUAAGCCACAAAAUUUGAUCAAAACUCAUCUUUGUGGCAAGGGCCAUAUCAAGUGUACGGCUCUCAUGCCUUAUGUAGAAACCUCUGAAUUGGUCAGCGUGGUUCCCAAUAAAUCCUUUCAGUUAUACAAGAUGACUCGGGAAAAAGAGGUUAAGACUUACACUCCAUUUGCCUACAACUAAGUCAAAAAAGAGAGGCAUGUCUGAACAAAUUGUGAGUUUGGCUGUUUGUCCAUGGAACUGACUAGAAUCAAAUAGAUAAGAAGUUCCCCGGCAUCCCCCCCACCAAAAAAAAGAAAAAACCAUUAGCUUGGAUUUUUAAAAGACCAUGAAUGUUCAAGUCAUAAAAUGACAUUGAGGCCUUCUAAAUUUCUAUGGGCAUGAAGGAGACCAAGAAACCUGCCCUCCUUCAGAAAGCCAUAACCUCCAAGUCUUCUCAAAUGUGGCCAAGGAGCAUAAACGGAAAAGGCUGUGCCAUUCUAAAGGCAGAGCCAGGAUUUCCCUGGUGGUCCAGCGGUUGACUCUGCGCUCCCAGUGCUGGGGGCCCGGCUUUGAUCCCUGGUCUGGAAACUAAAUCCCGCUUUCCACAACUAUAGAUUCUGCAUGCCACAACGAAGAUCCUGCGUGCGGCAACCAAGACCUGGUGCAGCCUAAUUAAUUAAUCUUAAAAAAGGUGGGGCAGAUCCAAGGACAUGGAGAACAAUGAACUAGGGCACCGGUCCCAGGAAGUAGUCCCACUCCCAGGAGAAGGAGGGGGUCCUUUGCAACAUCUGCCCAGCAGGAUUUUAGGAUUGUCAUAGACCAGUAGCUUCUGUGUCCCAUUUUUCCUUCUGAAUGAGGGUGUUCACUGCCAUUAUCCUGUCCCUGUUCCACUUCAUAUGUUGGAUGUGGUGGAGGGGACGGAGAUAACUUGUGAUUGAUUGAUUGAUCUAUUUAUUUACCUACUAUUUAUCUGUCUGGUUAUCUGUUUAUCUGUUUAUUUGCUUUGUUUUUUAAAAUUAAUUAAUUAAUAUUUUGGCUGCACCGGCUCUUAGGCUCUUAGUUGCGGCAUGUGGGAUCUAGUUCCCCGACCAGGAAUCAAAUCCGGGCCCCCUGCUUUGGGAGCUUGGAGCCUUACCCACUGGACCACCAGGGAAGUCCCUGUUUAUUUACUUUGGUUCAUAGGUCUCUAGAUCAAGAGAAGCCACAUGUGGACCUGAUAGACUAUCAGAGGUCCUGGAUUUGAGCCUGGUGCCACUAUUAAAUAGGUCAUUUGGGUGGUCUGCCUUGAGAAGGGGGUGCAUUUAUUUUGCAUGUGGAGGAAACACAAAAGGCAGUAUUUGCGACAAAGAGGGCAGACUGGGAAAGAUUUUACAAUUGUUCAAAAACAUUCAUUGGCCCUUCCUGUGGGACCCCUCCUUAUGAAAAGAUUAUGUAUCCCUAAUUCCACUGACAACAGCUCUGGCUUGCUUUAGGCAAUGGAACUUGAGUUUCCUAUUAACUUCUGUCACAAAUUACCAUGAACUUAGUGGCUUAAAACAAUAGACACUUACUCUCCUAUAGUUCUGGAGGUCAGAAAUCCAAAAUUAGUUUCACUGGGCUAAAGUCAAGGAGCUGGCAGGGCUGGCUCCUUCUGGAAGAACUAUUUGCUUAGCUUUUUCAGUUUCUAACUGAUGUGUGCAUUCCUUAGCUAGUGGCCCCAUCCUCCAUUUCAAAGCACAUCAUUUGGGGAAGGGGAAGCUGGGAUGAAGUGAGAGAGUAGCACUGACAUAUAUACACUGCCAAAUGUAAAAUAGAUAGCUAGUGGGAAGCUGCUGCAGAACACAGGGAGAUCAAGUCGAUGAUGGGUGAUGACUUAGAGGGCUGGGAUAGGGAGGGUGGGAGGGAGUAGCGGGAGAGAGGGGAUAUGGGGAUAUAUAUACAUAUAGCUGAUUCAAUUUGUUGUACAGCAGAAACUAACACAAUAUUGUAAAGCAAUUAUUACUCCAAGAAAGAUUAAAAAAAAAAAGCACUUCAUUUCAAUCUUGGCUUCUAUCAUAUCACCUUCUCCUCCUACUCUGACCUUCCUGUCUCCCUCUUAUAAGGACCCUCGUGAUUACCUUAGGCCUAACCAGAUCCUCCAGGAUAAUCUACCAUUUCACCAUCCUUAACUUAGUCAUAUCUGCAAAGUCCCUUUUACCAUGUAAGGUAACAUUCUCAGGUUUCAGGGAUUAGCAUGUGGACAUAUUUAGGGGGCCAUUGUUCAGCAUAGGAUGCCACCCCAAUCCACACGUAACUGAUUCAUGCAUUUAGUCAUAAAAUAUUUACUGAGCAACACUUAUGCAUCAGGCAUUAUGGCAGGUGUUGGUGUUGGGGGAGUUAGGAAUAUAGUCUUGUUCAGGCUUCAGAGACAGAAACAGGCCUCUGACCAACCUAUGUCCUUGCCUGGACUGCAUGCUUGCUUACACACCUAACAAUUGCUGCUAGCAAGUCAAACUGGCACUUAUGAUAAGAAAGGGAGUGGGUCUUGGAAUUUCUUGAGCCCUGGGGACCUGGCCAGUCCCCCGGGAUCUGGAGAAUCUUCUAAUUCACAUGAUAAAACCAACAACAUUGUUAAAGUAAAUCCAGAACUGCAUUUUUACACACAAACUGAUAAUAUCAGUUUGCGGCCUGGAAUUAUAAGCAGGUGCCCCCAGAACUCCAAUCUGAAGUCUCACCUGUGGAGUGGACGCACUGCCAGGGACCCUUCCCAGCUGGGCCUCCAGAUUGCUCUUCCAGGGACUUCCCAGCGCUGCUUGGAUCUGGAUGUAGGUGCUUCCCCAAUUCGGUGAUGUAUGAGCCCCUGUCUUUACUAUUCUUUCUUAGCCAAUUAUUCUCUUAAUUAGUAUACUGUGAUCUUUGUUAAUUUAAUUUUAUUGAAUUUUUGCUUAACUGAGUGUAGAGUGGUUAUUUUGCCAGCGAAUCCUACGAACCUUGAAACCGAAAGUAAGGCUUUCUGCAAAACAGUUGGAGAAGUACAGGUGAAAAUACAGACAAGGUCUCUGCUUUCAUGGAGUUUAUAUUUUAGUGAAGAUGACAAGUAAAGAAAUAGCUAAGACAUCCCCCAACCAGGACAUGUAUUAUUAAAAAAUUAAGCAGUGUGUUGUGACCAAAAAUUACAAGGGGUUGGAGAUGGCUGUUCUAAAAGAUAGUAAGGAAUGGUUUCUCAGGGGAGGUGACUAAUCCAAAGGGUAGAACUGAGAGCUCAGAAGGCAGAACAGAGCCAUGGAGGAUUGUUUAUAGGCCUGGAAAGCUAAAGAAAUUUGCUCAGCUGGCUUUUGAAAGUGCUUUGGAUCAGUGAGUCCUUUUUACCUUCCAUUUCCACCCCCCUCCUUUUAUUAAAUAAAAUUUAUUUAUUUAUUUAUUUAUUUAUUUUUGGCUGCGUUGGGUCUUCGUUGCUUCGCGAGGCCUUUCUCUAGUUGCAGCGAGCAGGGGCUACUCUUCAUUGCGAUGCACAGGCUUCUCAUUGCCGUGGCUUCUCUUGUUGUGGAGCACAGGCUCUAGCUUCACGGGCUUCAGUAGUUGCUGCGCAGGGCUCAGUAGUUGUGGCUUGCGGGCUCUAGAGCACAGGCUCAGUAGUUGUGGCGCACGGGCUUAGUUGCUCUGCAGCACGUGGCAUCUUCCCGGACCAACGCUUGAAUCUGUGUCCCCUGAAUUAGUAGGCGGAUUCGUAACCACUGUGCCACCAGGGAAGUCCAGUUCUCCCCUUUUGAAACCAGAAUGUCUGUAACUACUACCCUAUGCCUCUCUCAGCAUUGCAUGUUGGGGUACAUGGCUUGUUUCUUUAGUUUCAUAGGUCCACAGAUGAGAGGACUUGUGCUCCAGGAUGGAGUAUACCCAGAGCCUCAGAUGCAUCUAAUUUAGGUAAUGAGAUUUGGGCCUUUGGUUUGAUGAGAUUUAUACGAGUUUUUUUUUUUUUUUAAACUCUGACUUGAUGCUGUCAUGGGAUGAGACUUUUAGGGACCUUGGACAGAAGUGAAUGUAUUUUGUGUGUGGGACAGCCGUGAAUCUUUGAGGGCUAAAGGGUGAACUGUGGUAAGAAGAAUAAUGGCCCCCAAAGGUUCUGUGCCCUAAUCUCUAUGAAUAUGUUACCUUACAUGACAAAAAGGACUUUGCAGAUGUAAUUAAGUUUACUAAUAAAUUGACCUAAAGAUAGAGAGAUUGUCAUGAAUUAUUCAUGUGGGUCAAAUGUAGUCAUAUGAGCUCUUAAUACAUUUUUGACCAGAGGUGUAAUACUGCCACAGGCGUUAGUUGCUGCAAAAAACUCCCUCGUCAAUAAUGUGUUAAAAGCUGAGAAGCUUCUCCAGCUAGCUACAGAAGAGGAAGACCGAAGUCAGAGAAAUUUGAAGCAGGGGGACUCAGUGUGCCACUGCCGACCUUGAAGAGGGAGGGGCUCCUAGCCAGGGAAUGUAGACGGCCUCUAGAAGCUGAGAACAACCUCUGACAGGGUUGACAGCCAACAAAGAAACAGGGACCUCAGUCCUACAGCCAAAUGGAACUGAAUUCUGUUAAUAACCCAGGUGAGUCUGGAAGUGGAUUCUAUGCCAGAGCCUCCAGAAAAAAGCUCACACUGGCCAAGACCUUGACUUCAGCCUUGUGAGACACUAAGUAGAGGACCUGGCUGAGUCAGCCUGGACUUCUGAUCUACAGAACCAUAAGAUAAGAAAUGGAUGUUGUUUUUAAGAUGUUAAGUUUGUGGUCAUUUAUUAUGCAGCAGUAGGAACAGUAAGAUUUGAGCUGAGCCUUGAAUGAACAGAGAGAGAAUCAUGGGCACACCUAGGGUGAUGGGUUCUAUCCCCAGGAAGAAGCAAGUGCAAAGGCCCCAAGACUGGGAAUAAACAAGUAAACAGAAGGACGGCAUGGCUGGUGCCUGCUGAGUGUAAGAAGUAGGUAAGAGAUGAGGUCAGAGUUGGGAUAGGACUUGUAUGGAAGGCAAGCUCCAGGAUUUUUGUUGAAAGCGGGCUGUGCAUUAGUAAUUGAGAACAAGUCUCCAAAUCUCCUUGGUUGAAUCCAGAAUGACUGCCCCACCUACAGAGCCUGCUGCCUUCCCUUACCUCUGCCUCAGCCCUGGUCCUGGAAUUUUCUCCUUGAAGCGUCUCAGUUUAUCCAGACAUUCAGCUGGGGAGGGGAGGAUGACUGCAGUCCAAGGUACAGACUAAAGAGUGAUGCCAGCUAUUGCCCCAGCAGUGGGGCCUAUGAUUUUGCAUUCCCAAGAUGCAUUCACUACCUGGGACAGUCCUGGCAGAGAGCCAGGGAAUUAAAGGAAGUCAGGACAGAAGAAAAGUGCGGGCCAAAAGUCAGACUGUCUGGGAGUUAUCCAGAUAACAAAACAGGACAAAGAAAACUUUAGAUCACUAUUUCUUAUGAAUAUAGGUGUAAAAAUCCUCAAUGAAAUACUAGCAAACAAAAUCCAGCAAUAUAUAAAAAUGAUUAUACAAGUGGGAUUUAUCUCAAGAAUGCAAGGUUGGUUUAACAUCUGAAAAUCAAUUAAUGUAAAAAAAGAAUAUUAAUAGAAUAAAGAACAAAAACCUCCUGUAUAUUUGACAAAAUCCAACAACUUUGAUUUUUAAAAAAGCUUUAGAAACUAGGAAUAAGAGAGAACUUCUUUAACUUGCUAAUUAUCAAAGGGCAUCUAUGAAAAAGUCACAGCUAACAUCAUACGUAAAUGAUGAAAGACUGGAUGUUUCCCCCCUCAGAUCAGGAUGUCUGCUCCCAUCACUUCUAUUUAACACUGUAAGCAAUAAAAAGAAACAAAAGGCAUCCAGAUUGGAAAAGAAGACGUAAACAAUCUCAUUUUACAGAUGACAUGAUCUUAUAUGUAAAAAACCUUAGAAAUCCACACACACAAAAAGAUUAGAGCUAAUAAAUCAGUUCAGCAAGUUUGCAGAAUACAAGAACAAUGUACAAAAAUCAUAUUUCUCAUCACUAGCAAUGAACAAUCCAAAAAAGAAAGAAAACAAUUCCAUUUACAAUAGCAACAAAAGGAAUAAAAUACUUCUAUAUAAAUUUAACAAAAGAAAUGUAAGAUUUAUACACUGAAAACUAUAAAACACUAUUGAGGGACUUCCCUGGUGGUCCAGAGGUUGAGACUUUGCACUCCCAAUGCAGGGGGCCCAGGUUCUAUCCCUGGUCAGGCCACUAGAUCCUGCAUGCCACAACUAAGAGCUCACAUGCCACAACUAAAAGAGCCCACAUGCUGCAACUAAAGAUCCCACAUGCAGCAAUGAAGAUCCUCGUGCCGCAACGAAGACCUGGCACAGCCAAAUAAAUAAAUAUUAAAAAACAAACAAACAGAAACACUGUUGAAGGAAAUUAAAAUCUAAAUAAUUUAAAAACACCCAGUGUUCAUGGGUCAGAAGAUAUAAUAUUAUCAAGAUGACAAUACUCCUCAAAUUGAUCUAUGGAGCCAAUGCAAUCCCAAUCAGAAUCCCAGCCAGCUUCCUUUUUUUUUUUUUCUUUUUUGCAAAAGUUGACAAGCUGAUCCUAAAAUUCAUAUGGAAAUGCAAGGGAUCUAGAAAAACAGAAAUAAUCUUGAAAUAGAAGAACAAGCUGGAAGACCCACAGGUCCUGAUUUAAAAUUUUACUACCAAGCUACAGUAAGCAAAACAAUGUGAUACUGGCAUAAAGAAAGAUAUACACCCAGGGAAUAAAAUUGAGAGUCUGGAAAUAAACCCUCAUAUUUACAGUUAGUUUAUUUUCAACAAGGAAGUCAAGACAAUUCAAUGGAGAAAGAAUAGGCUUUUCAACAAAUAGAGCUGGGACAAUUGGAUAUCCACAUGCAGAAGAAUGACGUUGCACCCUUACCUCAAACCAUAUACAAAAAUUAACUCAAAAUGGAUCAAAAAUCUAAAUGUAAGAGCUUUUAGCUAUAAAAACUUACAGUUUAUUAAAAAACUUUUAUGCAUUUUAAACUCAUUUAUAACUAAGUUAUAAACUUUGUAAAUGUUUAUAAAACUCUUAGAUGAAAACGUAGGCAUAAAUCUUCAUGUCCUUAGAUUAGGAAAUGGGUUAUAAGAUAUGGCUCUCAAAGCACAAGCAACAACAACAAAAACAGACAAAUUGGACAUCAUCAAAUUAAAAUUGUUUGCACUUCAAAGGGCACUUAAAAAGACAACCCACACAAUGGGAGGGAAUUUUUGCAAAUCAUAAGGAACUUGUAUCUAGAAUACAUAAGUCCUGCCACUCAACAGAAUCAAUCCAAUUUAAAAAAACGGGCAAAGGACUUGACAUUUAUCCAGAGAAGAUAUACAAAUGGCCAAUAAGCCCACGAAAAGAUUCUCAACAUCAUUUGCCACCAGGGAAAUGCCAAUCAAAACCACAAAUUUACACCUACCAGGAUGGCUGUAAUAAAAAAGACAGAUAAUAACUGUUGGUGAAGAUGUAGAGAAAUUGGAACGUUCAUACUCUGUUGAUGGGAAUGUAAAAUGGUGUAGCCACUUUGGAAAACAGUCUGACAGUUGCUCAAACAUUUAAACAUAGAGUUACCAUAUGACCCAGCAAUUCCACUCCUAGAUAUAUACACAGAGAAUUGAAACAUAUGUCCACACAAAAACUUGUACAUGAAUGUUCACAGCAUUACUCACAAUAAAAAAUGGAAAUGCAGAUGUCCAUCAGCUGAUGAAUGGAUAAAGGUAAUAUAUCCAUACAAUGGAAUAUUAUUUGACAAUAAAAAGGAAUGAAGAACUGAUCAAACUACAACAUGGAUGAGCCUGGAGAAUAUUAAUGCUAAGGAAAAGAAUCAGUCACAAAAGACCACAUAUUGUAUGACUCCAUUUACAUGAAAUGUCUACAACAGGCAAACCUAUAGAGACUGAAAGUAGAUUAGCCAUUGACUAGGGCUGAGGGAAGAGGGUUGAUGGGGGGGUGGGGGGAGUGGAGGGCUUGGGAUCAAUCGGAAGUGACAGCUGAUGGAUAUGCAGUUUCUUUUAGGAGGUAUGAAAAUAUUCUAAAAUUAGUUUGUGAUGGUAGCAUAACCCUGUGAAUAUACUAAAAACCACUGAAUUGUACACUUCAGACAGGUUAAUUGUAUGUAUAUGAAUUAUAUUUUAAUAAUGUUGUUAAUUUUUUGAAAGUUAGACUGAGUCCUCAGGGAGCAGGAACUAGGGUAUAGGAUGCUGAGGGUGUCAGAGAAGGGGGACCAAGGGAUGGGUGGGUUAUCUGGGCCCAGAAAGGGAGCAGAAGUUGUGGAUCUGUUCUGAACAUCCAGGGGACACACUUCAUCCUUCAUUGUCGAUAGAUACCCAGGGAUAUCUGUUGAUUAGUGUGUAUGGUAUCUUUACACCUAUUUUUAAAAGGUGCCUCCCCAACCCCCAAGAUAAAUCAUCUUGCUCAAGGCCAAAAAUCAAGUCAGUAAUAAACAAAAGUUUCCCUGCUUUCAGUCCCCCAGUCCGGUGUCUGUUUCUUCUCUCCUCUGGGUUAUGGGUAUGGGCAGUGGAUGUCCUUGGUCAAACUGGUGCCCUCUUUCUUGCAGC